AAUAACACUUGUUAACAUUAUGGUGUUCUUUUUAUUAAAUCUUGUGUGGGGGGCUGGAACUAGUCCAACCGGUGAUGCAAGAACCAAAAACGAGCCAAGAGCAUUUUUUGUGUUUGGGGACUCGUUGGUCGACAACGGAAACAAUAACUUCUUGCUUACAACCGCAAGAGCCGAUUCACCUCCUUAUGGGAUUGAUUAUGUUUCUCAUCGUCCUACGGGUCGUUUCUCUAAUGGUAGAAACAUCCCAGAUCUUAUAGGCGAACAAAUCGGGGUGGAUCCACUAUUACCGUACUUGGAUCCAGAACUCAAUGGUAAAAAACUCCUUAAUGGUGCCAACUUCGCUUCUGCAGGGAUCGGAAUACUCAAUGACACUGGAUUCCAAUUUGUUAACAUAAUUCGAAUGCCGCGCCAACUAGCAUUCUUCGAAGCAUACCAAAAACGAGUCGAAGCUAUAAUUGGUACCAAGAAAACCAAAAAGCUCGUUAACGAGGCACUCGUUUUGGUAACGUGUGGAGGCAACGAUUUCGUAAACAACUAUUAUUUGGUGCGAAACUCAUUUCGAUCAUUUCAAUAUAAACUCCCCGAGUAUGUCCAGUUACUCACAAGAGAGUACCAAAAGAUUUUAAUGAGGCUUUAUACAUUGGGAGCUCGAAAAGUUCUAGUGACUGCUACCGGACCAUUGGGUUGUGCACCGUCGGUAAUCGCAUUGCGUAGCCGUAAAGGAGAAUGCGCGACAGAGCUGCAACAAGCCGCGGACCUAUUCAAUCCUCAAGUGACAGCAAUGACUGGUUUGUUGAACAAGAAAUUGGGUAGUAAUGUCUUUAUUUCUAUUGAAGCACAUCAUAUUUUCUAUGACUUCAUCACCAAACCUAAAGCUUUUGGAUUUGAGGUGACUAACAAAGCAUGUUGUGGACAAGGACGAUAUAACGGGCUAGGCCUUUGCACCGCAUUGUCAAACUUGUGUCCCGAUAGGGCCAAGUAUGUGUAUUGGGAUGGUUACCACCCGACUGAGAGGGCGAAUCGGCUGGUCGUGCAAGAAAUAUUCAAUGGCGCCAAGUAUAUGAAACCCAUGAACCUAAGCAUCCUUAUGUCUAUGAAUGCAUAGUUGUUACAUUUCUUGCUAAAUUAUUACAAUUUCACCAAUAUGUGUAGGGUAUAUGUGUUGUUUGACAAAGCGUAUAAAUAUAUAUCAUAUAUAUGUAAAAAUAUUUCAAAGGGUUUUAAUGAUUUUAUGUCUAAUUAAUAAUAUGGAUUGCUUCGUGAUA